GGGCCCGAGGGCCGGAGCGGGCGGUGGGCGCCGCCGCCGGCGCCAUGUUCCGGUAUCAGUCCUUAGAGGACUGCCCAUUGGAUGAGGAUGAAGAUGCUUUCCAAGGCCUGGGGGAGGAGGAUGAAGAUAUCGACCAGUUUAACGAUGACACGUUCGGAGCUGGGGCUGUUGAUGACGACUGGCAGGAGGCCCACGAGCGCCUGGCCGAGCUGGAGGACAAGCCCGUGGCCAGCAGGGAGCAGGAUGGGGCCAGCACCGAGGAACUGGACCUGCUGGGGGACCCGGAGGCCACACUGGCCGAGCGGCUGACCCGGCUGGUGAUCGACAGCGAGCUGGAGGACCCUGCCAUCAUGCAGGCAGUGCAGACCCGGGGCCCUGCACAGCAGCCUGGAGGGCUCAAUUCCAGCAUCUGGGACAGCUCGGCCGUGCUGCGGCGCAUGAGGGGCCCGCUCCUGGCUCAGGAUAUGCCCUCAGUGUCUGUCCUGGACUAUGCCCUGCCCCAGAGGCCUCCACAGCCCCGUGAGGACGAGCGGGACCCCUCGGAGCGGGCACUGCCACGGCGUUCCUCAUCCCCCAUCAUCGGGAGCCCCCCGGUGCGCGCGGUGCCCAUCGGCACCCCCCCGAAGCAGGCUGCUGUGCCCAGCUUCAACCAGCAGAUCCUGUGUCCGAAGCCUGUGCACAUCCGAGCCGGUCUGCAGCAGCGCUACCCCACUCCCUAUGGAGACAGGAUGUCCCCCAACCAGCUCUGCAAUGUACCGAAUUCCUCCCUGCUGGGCCACCCCUUCCCACACAGUGUCUCUCCCGUCCUCACCCACCUGCAGAGAGCUCAGCUGCUCGGAGGAGCCCAGGCAGGCCGCAUGUCCCCCAGCCAGUUUGCCCGGGUCUCGGGGCUGGUGGGGAGCCCCAUUCCCUCCGUCAAUCCCAAGCUGCUCCAGGGCAGGGUCGGGCAGAUGAUGCCUCCAGCCAGUGGCUUCCGUGCCUUCUUCGGGGCUCCCCCUGCUCCUCCUCCUCCUCCGUCGCAGCUCCAGCACCCGCCGGGUCCUGGCUCCCACCUCCAGAGCCUCAGGCCUCAGCCCCAGAUGUUCCGGCCGGACACGACCCAUCUGCACCCGCAGCACCGGCGGCUCCUGCACCAGCGGCAGCAGCAGAGCCGAAGCCAGCACCGGAGCCUCAACGGCUCCGUGGGGGAUCGAGGGGGUCACCGGAGCAGCCACCAGGAGCAGAUGAGGAAGGAUCCUUAUGCCAACCUCAUGCUGCAGAGGGAGAAGGAUUGGGUGUCCAAGAUCCAGAUGAUGCAGCUCCAGAGCACUGAUCCCUACCUGGAUGACUAUUACUACCAGAAUUACUUCCAGAAGCUGGAGAAGUUGUCAGCAGCAGAAGAAGUCCACGGGGAUGGUCCCAAGAAGGAACGCACUAAACUCAUCACACCUCAGGUGGCCAAGCUGGAGCACACCUACAAGCCAGUGCAGUUUGAGGGCUCCCUUGGGAAGCUCACGGUCUCCAGCGUCAACAACCCUCGGAAGAUGAUCGAUGCAGUGGUGACGUCCCGCAGUGAGGAUGAUGAGACGAAGGAGAAGCAGGUUCGGGACAAGAGGCGCCAGACCCUUGUCACGAUCGAGAAGACAUACAGCCUCCUCCUGGACGUGGAGGACUAUGAGAGACGCUACCUCCUGAGCCUGGAAGGGGAGAGGCCAGCCCUGAUGGGUGAGAGGAAGCAGAAGAUCUGUGACAUGUACGAUAACCUGAGGGGGAAGGCACCCGGGCAGGACAGGCCGAGCGAUGACCACUUCAUGCAGAUCAUGUGCAUCCGGAAAGGGAAGCGCCUUGUAGCCCGGAUCCUGCCCUUCCUGUCCCCCGAGCAAGCGGCCGACGUGCUCAUGGCCACAGCCAGGAACCUGCCCUUCCUCAUCAAGAAGGAUGCUCAGGAUGAGGUGCUGCCCUGCCUGUUGAGGCCCUUCUCCCACGUCCUCUACCACCUUCCCUUGGGGACAGUCACCAGCCUUGUGCAGCAGUUAACAAACCUACCUCAGAGCGCGCCCGCGCCAGCGCCCACCAACCUGCACCUCACUGCUGUGCUCCAGAACAAGUUCGGGCUGUCCCUGCUGUACUUGGUCCUGAGCCGUGGGGAGGAACUGCAGAGCUCGGACAGCAGCACGGAGCUCAUGCAGGACAACCAGUGGACGGAGCUGAUGCUCAUGGCGACCCGGGAGCUCCUGCGCAUCCCUCAGGCAGCUCUGGCCAAGCCGGUGUCCACCCCUUCCAACCUCCUCUCCCUCUUCUCUCGCUACGUGGACCAGCAGAAGCUCAACCUGCUGGAGACAAAACUGCACUUAGUGCACGGGAUCCGGUAGGACACCUCCACUGCGGCUCCUCAGCACCGGAGUGUUCCAGAAGAUGGAUGGAGGGCAGGGGGGUCCCUCCCCCCCAAUCCCAACACCCCCCAACCAUCAGCAUCCCACAGUGUUGGGGUGGGAGAACGCCUUUCCCAGCCCAAAACCUUGGGAAAACGCCUCUCCCACCGCAGAAUCAUGAGCGAGAACACCUCCUCCAGCCCAAAACCUUGGGAGAACCCCGUUUCCAGCCCAAAAUCAUGGGAGAACACACCUCUCCUCCCCCAAAAGCAUGGAAGAAUCCCUCUUCCGCUCUGAAAUUAUGGGAUACACCAUCUUUUCCAGCCUAAAACCUUGGGAGAAAGCUUUCCUGCCCCAAAAUGAGGGGAGAACACACUUCUCCUACCCCCGAAAUCAUGGGCAAAGCCCUUUCCCACCCCAAAAUCAUAGAAGAAUCCCUCUUUCACCCCAAAAUCAUGGGGAAAAACACCUCUCCCACCCCAAAAUCAUGGGAUAAGGAGGUGCUGGGAGGUGUUUAGCUGCUCCCCCCCCCCAGCUUCUCCUCUCCCCCAUGCACACAGAUGGGAGAAGCCGCCCCAUUCCCAUUGGGGUGGGGAAGGGGGGGUCGCUGCUCCCUCCCUGACUCCCAUUGAGCACUGAGCUCUGCUCCCUGGCUGUGCACACACGUGUGAACACACAUGAACACACAUGAACACGUGUGAACACGUGUGUGCACACGCACCCCCCCGUGUCCCCCCCUUUGCACACUUGCCUUGUCCUCCCCUGGGUCGGCUCCAUCCCUUCCCAUUGGGAUCACUCCCCUUGGGGGGGGCUCCAGCCCCUUGAGUCUCUUCCCGAUCCGCAUGGAUCCCUCUGGAUUCCUCCUCGGGAAGACGGCAGCAGGGAACUGGGGGGGUUGGGGCUUAUUUUAUCCCUUUUUUUGGCUUUUAAAAGAGAAACCACCACGAGAUUUGCACAUGGAGGUAUUUUACCCCCCUCCCCUUCGGCAUUAACCACCCCCUGCCCCUCUCCCGUCAUCGAGCAAGUGGGCAGUUCAUUUAGGAUGAUGGAUUUGUCUUUUUUUGGUUGUUUUUGGGGGGGGUUCCGCUCAUUUCCCCCCCCCCCCCCCGCAAGUUUUCGGUUCUGGUAAAUGAGAAUAAAGUUUCUAAAUUUACAUUUUUAUAGGGUUCUUGUAAAU